AUGUAUGAUGUAGGAGGUGAAGUUCGCAUCUCGUAUUCCCGGUUUGAAAGCAAUCAACCACUCAAUUCCACACCGGAGGAUAUAGCAGUUGCUGGAGGUGGUGUUUAUAUCGAGUUUACCUUCAAAAGCGAAACCAAUAUGUCAGCAUUUCCUUCCGAUUUAACGAAGACACCGCGUACAUUUGAUAGUAACAGCACUUACAUCUUUCACUAUUGCACAUUCAGAGAUAACCUUGCGAAAGAUCAGAAUUUUUCAACUUUUAUUGACAACCCUCAUGGGAAUGAUCAUAUUCCCUUUGGAAGGGGAGGAGGGUUGUCAAUAUUUGUGAAAGGUGUGGCACAAAAUAACGUCAUUCAGAUAACUCACUGUCAUUUUGAAGACAACCAUGCCCUUUGGGGAGGGGGAAUUUUCGUUGAGUUUCAAGAUAAGGUGCAGAACAACACUUUAGAAAUAAAUAAUUGCAAUUUUACAAAUAAUAAUGCUACCUACGCAGGCGGAGCCAUCAGAAGUGGGACAAUAGCACAUAGUAACCAUCGGCAGUUACUUCCAAACCAAGUGAUGAACAAGGGCUGUUUGUUUACAAGUAACAGCGCAGUUCUUGGUGGCGGAGUCUCACAUCAUGGAAUUGGCUCUUUGUUAAAAGUAGAGAAUGACAAAAGCCUCAAUAUUCAAUUCACAAAGUGUCACUGGACCAAUAACACUGCAACAAUGGGUUCUGCUAUCGGCCUUGCAGGUGAGGCACUUAUUAUUGGCAGUCAGGAUUUGACUUCGAAAGGACCCAGGCUUGUGCACAGCAUCAUUCUUGAAGACUGCAAUAUCACCAAUAAUCGAAUUGUAUUAACAGAAGAUGGAGAUGUCAUUGGUCAAGGAGCAAUUUAUUCAUACUCAGUCCCUGUCAUCUUUCAGGGAGUUGUGAACAUUGAGUCUAAUAACAACACUGCAGUGGUUACUGAGAAUGUUAUGCUGCAUGUUGUUGGUAAUGUUACCUUCCGAAACAAUACAGGAGGACAGGGGGGUGCAUUAGGAUUGUAUGGCACUUCAGUUAUAAUGCUUAUGCCGAACAGUAACCUUAAAUUUUUUGACAAUGUUGCACUGCAGCAAGGAGGAGCAAUCUACGUUAGAGAUUCUGGUCCACCUGUUGUGGCAUUUAAGACAACUGAGCUGAAUACACGGCCAUGUUUUAUUGCCUUCAACAACACCUUCAGUCUGGAGGGAGUCGAUAAAUGGGAAACCAGGGUAAUUUUCAAGGGGAAUAAUGCUUUGCAAAAUGGCGGCGGGAACUCUGUUUAUGCAUCAACUCUCCAAGGAUGUCGCCAAGCUGGACAACCUCGUAUAAAUAACGAAUCUCUUCAGUGGCACAAUGUUAUUGAGUAUCAAGAUCCUGAUAUAAGCGCCAAAGAACAGAUUUCUACUGAUCCUGUGAAAAUAAAACUCAAUGAAAGUGAAUGGGAGGUUUCUCCCAGUGAGGUAUUUAAUGCUUCUGUGGAACUUAUUGAUGAAAAAAAUAGCUCAGUGUUAGGAAUUGUCAACUUGACCAUCACUGACAACAACGAUCGUACUGUGAAACUUGGUACCACUUCAAACCUGUUUCUUAUUCAAGGUAAUUCACCCAAAAUUAACAACCUACACCUUUUAGGAAAGGUGCACAGCAAGUUCAAAGUGCAAGCCAGCACAGUUGCAGGUCGGGUUGUGCAACUUUCCUUUCCUAAGCCAUUGCAAUUACAUGUUUGUCACCCUGGCUUGAAACAGAAGAGAAGAGAAAACAGUUGUACAUGUUUAGAUAAAGAAGAGCCUGGUAUUUCACAUUGCAGUGAUGAUUUCAAAUUUGUGUUCUUAAAAAGAGGAUAUUGGGGUGGAACAAUUAAGGAAAACGAGUUCAGCACAUACCCCUGUCCACCAGAUUAUUGUAAUUUUACUAAACAUGAUCCAAACUUUCAAUACAACCCCAACACUCUAUGUGUUAAAGGACGCAAUGGAUCAAGUGUUCUUUGUGGGGCAUGCAAAAACAACUACUCUGUAAACUUAGGAAGUGAAAACUGUACAAGAAAGUGUGACAACACCCAUCUGUGGCUUCUUGUGGUAUUUUUCAUAGUGACACUAUUCUUGGUAUUGGUGGUGCUGCGUAUCCAGUUGGACAUCUUUACAACAUAUCUCAAUACUUGGUUGUAUUCCUACCAAGUAAUUACAUUUCUUCUUCAAGAGGGACAAUACCUUGACCGUGUUAUUAAAUUUGUCAUUGGCAUUGCCAAUUGGAGAAUCAAAGGCGUUGGCACUUGUCUGUUUCAUGGAAUGAACAACCUUCAAAAACUUGGUAUUAAUUACAUCCUUCCUUCAUAUGUUCUUCUGCUACUUCUUAUUUUGGCUAAGAUUGCAAAGUGCCGCCCUACAUGCUACAUAAAUAGGAAUGUCUCGCAAGCCUUGUGCACUCUACUAGUUCUCUGCUAUACGAAUAUUACAAUGAUUUCGUGCAACAUCAUUCACUAUGUUCCCAUACAAGGAAGAUGGGUGCUCUAUGCAGAUGGUAACAUUGACUUCGUAAGAAAUUGGAAGGAACACUUGCCAUUCACUAUCAUUGCUUGCUUGUGGUUCAUCCUUUUCGUUGCAUUUGUACCAUUGGUUCUUUUAUUCACUCCCUGGUUCAUGCGGCAUUUUAGCUUUUUAAAUAAUUUCAGGUUAUUUUUUGACACCUUCCAACAUUGCUUCAAAGAUGAAUACAGGUGGUUUGCAGCAUUUUAUUUCCUCUGCCGCAUUUACAUCUUGUUUAUUGCUCUGUUUGUUCCAUUCUCACCUUUGAAGAGAUCCAUCUUAGAGGUUUCCUGUGUCUUAAUUGUGGUGACAUGCCUCUACCUUCGGCCAUACAAGAGUAACAGGAAUGGCAAUGCAGAUUAUGACUGGUUGAAUACUCUUGAUGCUGUGCUUCUCACAAACUUGUGUUUUGUUGUCAUAUUCAGCUCAAGCAUCAUCAGUGAUGCCUCAUUAUCUGUUCAGAAAGGGCUAGAGAAAAUUGUCAAUGUCUUGGCUUAUGUCCCACUUGCUUACCUUCUCUGCCUUGUCUGCUAUUAUGGAUGGAAAUACUUUUGUCCAAGGAACCUGGACUUUGAUCAUCAUAGAAUGGAACCAGAAGCUGCAUCCUCUACUGGAAGUACUCAUCAAAGUCAGGCAAAACCCAUAUAGAGCCAUAGUACUGUUACACUGGUCAAACUGUUUGAGCGCACUGCAAUUAUUUUAAUUAGUAAUUGUGCUCUUUUCAGGGAACCUCGCUUAAGUGAGCAAUUAGUAAAUAGCUGUUGCUUGACCCUAACCCACUCAAGGGUUAGUCGCCAGAUACUUUUUUCAUUUGGAAGUUAGGGCAGUGCUCCAUGAAUGUUAGUUAUUUAAAGUCAACACUAUGCCCUGGGUUGAUUGCCAGCAGCUGUUUAGAAAAUGAGCCUUACUGAAGACCAGACUUAAGAAAAGGAUAGAAAUUCGGCCAAGCUGUGCACUGGUCUUUAAAACCUGUGUUAGAUGAAAAGUUGGGUAAUAUGAUGGUUUUCCAAGUAAAACAUUUUUGACAAAAAGUAGAUUAAUAGUAAUAAUGACUGAAUUAUUAACAAAAGACCAACAAAGAGUUAAGAAUUAUUGAAACUUUGAGACCAAAAUUAGCUUUGCCAUUUUUUCAAUUGUGAAUAUAGAAUUGUAACACAUUAUCAAUAGUCAUUGUUACAGAUGCUGCAGAUUGAAAGCUUUUAUUCAGUCAUUAAACAAUGUAUGAAAUGUGCUUAGGGAAAAAAAGCCAUUUUCUUUGUUCAAAACUUAUCACUAAAUUCAUUUCAAAAGUUUCUCAACUUAUUGUUAAAUUUAUGUCAAUGAAAAGUUUAAAUUUUUGCUUGAGGUUGAGUUCAUUUUUAAAAUUUUCUUACAGAAGUGGAAGUCAAUUUUUUUUUAUGAUGAUGUUGGUGACAGCUCAUCAGAAUCAUAGAAAGAUGUAACAUUGCCCAAAAAAAACUUUUACAUCUUUGCAUUGAGUCAAUUCAAGUUGAAUAUAUUUUACCAAGAUAUCAAUGAUAUUAAGCUAUAAAUAAUUUUUUUAAACAUUUUGUAGGCAUCUACAAUUAUUAUAGAAAGAUACAUCUUUUAUUUUUUUACUGUCUUGUAUUUCAUGUUUGUAAUUAGAUAAGAGUGGGAUUUUUGGGUUGAACAAAGACAUAGUCAGCCAUCAUUACAUAAUUUCAAAGUUUAAGGAGAUCGACAGAAACAAGGAAGUUUAGAGGAAGCCUGUGAGUUUGAUCUUCCACUACUGAUCAAUGAAUUCAUUAGCAUUAUAACAAGGAGUUUUUUUUUCAUUUAGAGAAAUGUGGCAUUUUUUUUUGCAUGCAUUUAUCUUUUUUACUUACCAUGCAGACUUAAAUGACAAAGGGGAAUAAUUGCAAGUCAAAAAUCUAUUCUAUGAACUACUUCAUUGUUCCCCUGAGAUAAUAGAGAAAAUUGAGAAGUGCUCAGUUAAUAUUUACCAGUAAAGUUCAAAAUUUAUUCAGAUGCUGUGAUGUACAGUUACCAGUAAACAUUUCUAUUGAAGGUCAUGCAUGUGGGAAUCCAUGUUUCUACAUGUUUCCUUUUUGUGUGUGUAUGUGUAAAGGAACUUUAACCCUUUCACUCCCAAGAUCUCAUGGGUAAUUCUCCUUACUUUUUGCUAUACAAUUCUUAUGAUGUUAGUUCAGAGAACUUGGUAUUGGAUCAACUAGUUGAGUAAUCCCAUUAUUGAUAUUUUUCUUUAUUCUCAUCACUUGUAAGAUUGAUAUUUUAUUGAUGUUGUUAGGAGAAAUUCUGUUUUGGUCACUUAAGGGAGUUGAAGGGUUAGCAGAGUCCUAGUGUAUCUUUGUAGUUGCUGAAAGCAGCCAUUUGUUUGUCUUGUUGAAUUUUUUACUGUGAAUGUCAUCCAUAGUUCUGACUUCUAGCUGUUACGCAGUUCCUUGAAAAUUUUAGGAAGAAAAUUUGAUGUGACAAGAAGAUAGUCUAUCACUGAUAAGUUUGCCUAUUCUCACAACCUAUUACUGCUAAACAAUGUAUUACAUUUAAUGUUGUAGAGGGAAGUUUCUUGUUAUUCACCUAUGGUGAAUUUAGGGCAGUUUGAAGAUGCUUUGCGUGAAAAUAAAAUAUUAUUUUAAAAAAUCUGAAGGAAAAUUUAGCAUCUCUUUUGGCUUUUGUUUAAAAGGCUGGUCUCCAGUUGUCUGUUUCAUGGUCACUUCCUCUGAAAAAUAUCCAUACCAAAAUUGUGCACACUCAAGAGAGACCUUUAAAAUUUAAAAGUGGGUGGGAAGAAAGAAAAAGCAAAUGAACAAAAAAAAAUCAAAUUAUGCAAAUGAAUUGGAGCUGAAAAAAUAGAGAUGGUUUCACAGAUGAUUUUGCCAGGAGGGGGUUGAGGAUUUUUUUGGUCAGCUUGAAGAAGGUGUAGAGUAGGUUAAAUUCCUUCCCUAUUCUUUCUUUAUAACAAGGCUUACUCCUGCACUAAUUUUGUGUAUGUCUUUCAUCUAACCCUCCUCUGUUCCACUCAACCCCCUUUCUAUUUCAUUUAUCCUCUCCACUGUCUCCCCCUGACAACAGUUGAGCACAUCAGAGUCUUCCAACCUGCAACAAAAGAAGUGACAUUUGAUCAUAACUCUGUGUUUUGUGGCCCCCUACACACAAAAGAUUUGCAUUUGAUGGCUUGAAAGAAAAUUUAAUUGCUCUAUUCAUGACGACUCAUAGUUUUUUCUGCUCUACACGCCCUCCCUUCACCUACCCCUUCUGAUAGCGAUCUUGCGCUACUUCCUCUCCUCUAAAGAGAUGCAUAGGGCUUGGAUCAUUUUAGAUAAUGUUUUCAAUUCUCUUUUAUUUCCCACCAUUGAUGAAGCUUCAUUUUCCUAUGAAAGGAGGCGGAAUAAUUGUUUGCCACAAGCUAAUUAUUUAGCAGGUAUGUUCGUCAUUUUGGCGUUUACAUAAUACAUUCAUACUCAGCAAGCAUAAAAUUACAUAUUUUAUACUGUAAAAGACUUACUUUAUUCCUUCCAGAUGAUUAAAGAAACGUCCUUGCCGAUUUUCUUUUGCAUUUCGUUACAAUACUAAUAGCGGGUUUCUUGAUAAACAUUCUAUAAAUAUCACACUUAAUUACGCCGGACUAAAGAAGCAGCUUCCCACAGUCUGUAUGGAUGUCUAAGCCAAUCAGAUUUUACUGUCUCUGCGGUCAACCGCUCUGCGUAGUGAUAUAGCUGGCUUCUUUUCAAAUCCAAACAUUCUUGAGACGAUUCAAAGAGUUUUUUUGGCUCUUUCUGUUCUUUGAGGAGCGAACAUGACACAAGUGAAAGGUUCGCGUACAUGCGUUUUGCCCAAAGUAAGUACAAACAAAAGCAUUUUCCGCACUUUUUCCCUGUAUAAGCGCGAGAUCUUUUUUAAUUACACCCGCACAAUUUGCAUAGCAACGUGUAAGUUGUGCUUCAAGUAGUUCUAUAGCUUCUGUUAGAGUCAGAAAGUAUCUUUAUCUCUACAAUUAACUGCAAAGGCUUUUAAAGAAACUUGUAUGGUUUUAUAAGAGUUGCAAAAUGAAGUUCCAAGGAAAGGUCAUGAAAAGUAAGGUUCGUGAAUACACACAGCUGUCUGCGAAAUAAUAUCUAAUUCAAAGACGGAAGAAAACGGAAACACAUCGGCUGCAAAGUGCAAAUAAAAAUUGAAGUUUUAUCCAUUUUCUUGCUUUCUUUUAUGGUAUUUUUUUUUGAUUGAGACUGGAAAAUUAUGUUAUGGAUCAUCAAACAGCAAUUAAUGUUGGUUAUAAGUUUCGACGGACAAAAUAUAUGAAAGUUAACUUUCGCCGGAUGUUUACUACUAUCUUUUAUCAAGCGGUUGACGUGAUAUAGCUUAAUAUCAUGCCAUAAAUCCAAAACUAAGAAUAAAAUUUGGAAAGAACGAAGAUGAGGAAAUUACAAUGUUUAUUUGCCGUAAUUAGCGAAACCGUCACUUCCGGUGUUGAAACAUUUCCAUGCCACUUCCGCUUUUCACCACGACCGAGUUAUGACUUCAACAAUGGCGCCGCGUCAAAUUGGGUGUCCCAUCCCGCAUCCUCCCAUGCGCGCUUGGAGCGAAGAUCAGACUUUGCAGGUGAAACAGCUUAAAUUUAAGACAAGUUUCAGUAGGCUUGAUCACUAAAACUGACUACAUCACUUUAAAUUUUCUGCAGCUGGACGAAUCUGUCGUAACACCCGGCUUCGCUUACAACAUUGCGAGGUAUUUUCCUUCGGGAACUCAGGCUGAUAAAGAGAGGUGUAUAGAACUCAUGGAGAAGAUUGGAGUAUCACCAGAUCCAGCAAUGUGGUAUUCAACAGGUGCGAAGUUCUUAGAGUGAUAACUUCAGAGUGUCAAAGAGAAUUUAUUAACCUAAUUUGUUGUUAUUGUUCGCAAACAGCCCCUCGAUCGCGGACUCCGGUGUCUCCCGCGCGACCACGAAGCGUGCCGCCACGAUGCGCCCGUUUCCCCGAGAACAACAAACCAAGCUAUACAAAAAACCCAGAGUUGUUCUACAUGACAACCAAUAAAAGGGAAUUCGGAGCAACUUUCGGUCCGCCGGCAGAGAAUGCAAGGUAGAGGGAUUUCAUUUUUAUGUGUAUGAUUUGCGGCAUCCUAGCAACGGAAUGUGAACCUCAUUUAGUUUUAUCGUUCUUUCUUUUCACGCAGACCAAGGACUUCCAAGAUAUUUCCAAGUAGAAGUAACAACAACUCCACAACAUAUCAGGCUGAUUUUAAUGCAAAGAAUACAAAAAAAAAAGAAGGGAUUCGCACAGGUAGCUCGUCUGGUAACAGAAGGAAUAAUCCACACCCCUCCGAGGUAGGGAUGGGAGAUUACUUUAAGUUAAGAGUGACAAAUAGCUAGAAACAUUUGAAAUCAAUACAGUUGUGGUUAUACCAAGUGUAAAAGCUUAUUUGCGUGAUAAUUUUCAUUUUAAAGGUGUUCUCUAAUGAAUAAAUGUCCACCAUUACCCUUGGAAGUAAUAGUUAAAUUCUUUAGCCCUUAAUCGAAGGGUCUAGCUGCGAUGGCCGAGUGGUUAAGGCGUUGGACUUGAAAUCCAAUACGGUCUCCGUGCGUAGGUUCGAAUCCUGCUCGCAGCGAAUGAUAAAAUCCUUUUUUUUUUUUUUUUUUUACGAAUCGAAAAUUUUCACUCAUAUUUACAAAGACAACUUGCGUGAUUUAACUGCAGCUACCAUAUUUUCAGCAUGUUUUUUAACUAUUCUAAUUAGGAAUCACGAGUUUUUCAGUAUGAUUAGCUUAACAAAAUAUACUUUGAUAGUCUGACUGUCCAGCAGAAUUAUGUUUGGAUAGGAGAAUUUAUCUCGAUAACAACUAAAAUGUACAGGAUGGGAAACUCUUCAAUUAAUUUGCGAGUUAUUCUGUACAAAUAAAAAAAUUUCGCCAAAAGUGUUAAAAAGAGCUUAAAAUUCUUGAAGUAAGUUUGUAAGUCUUACAAUUUUUCUACGAUUUAUUGUUGUGAUCUCAAUUCCAUAGGCAUUCAUGAAAUGGAAAUUCUCAAGCCGUUUUCCAUCAGUCCCUGCUGAAGAUAUUGACCCAGAAGUAAUGAAUGAAGUGUGUAAAGAUGAGCUUAAAUCUACUUAUCACAGUGAUUACACAGGAAUUCCACAAGGUAAGGCCAAACCAAUAGUUCUAAUUAGCUCUAUGGCUUCUUGCCGUCAAUUAUGUCUGUUCCUGGAAAUGAUGUAAUAAUUGGGUGAGUCAUGAAAUUUUAAUCAGAUCAUGAGGAUGUCUGAGGUAGUAUAUAAGCAGUAACGCAAGGAAAAAAUGCAGCAAAUAUUACGUGUAACUAAUCCCUUCUUUUCUUGCCUAAAAUCUGUAAUUUUGUAAAUGAGGUUGAUUUUAAUUUUUUGUGGUAUAUUUUUGAAAAUAUUUUUGGCAGAAAAAGUCCUGGGAUCAAUAGAAAAUGAUAACCAACUCCUUGUUGUUUUUAAGAGAAGGGAACAAUAUUUCUUGGAGGAUAUAUGCUGGCCAUGGGUUUUAUUAUUUUAAUUUCUUAUGUUGCUAGUGACCCACAGUAUAUUUUGGUAAACCAAACUAAUUUUAAUCUAAAUUUAAACACAGACUGCUCAACAUCAUUAAUUGCUAAGUUUAUUGAAUUAAUUUAAUCCUCAACAAAGUUUUACUGUCUGUUUCAAAUGUUUUGGAACCAAUAUUGCAUUUCUUGACAAAGGAUAACAGCUUUUUGUCUUUUUUUUUUUAUUUUUUUUUUUAAAGGGGUGAAUGUUUGUACUGUGUUUGAGGGAAAUCUUACUCCCUCUCUGUACAAACCUCCCCAUACAUUGGACUCCACCUCCCGGUACAGUUAUCAGGUACCUGUUGUAAGGCAUACAUUAUCAGCAAACUUCACACGUUUUGGGUGUAACAGGAACAAGUAUAAACCAGCUGUGGGUGCAGGUAGGUCAGAGAAAGCAUUAUGUUGUCUUCUGAUAAUUUUCCUUGAUAGCAAUGGAAUUAACUUAAGAUACUUUGUAAUUUAAAAAAACAGAAUUGUUUUGGACCAUCAGUCUCCUUCCAUAGUGGAGGUUAAGAUUCUUGAAGAUGAGGCCAUCUCCAGCAGCAUAACCAUGUUUAUUUUAGCAAAUUUUUCAAGGUGAAACAAGAAUGUGCAAGCGCAACACAACUUCACUAAAAUUCCCCAUUGUAGGACUGACGCAGGUGUAAUGUAACAUAUGACAAAACAAGAAUUUAUUUGUUGAAAAAAUUACAACUCAAAACAUGGACCUUAAUUAAAGACACAAAUUUAAUGUUUGUCAUUCAUAAACAAUGUGCCUUUAAAAUAUUAUUAUUAAUUAUAAACAUCACCAUUGUUUCUUUUAUUUUUGUUCAGUAGAAUGGUAAAAUCAUACUUGAUGUAAAGAUCAUUGAUUAAAGAUUUGAUUCUUUCCUUAUUACUUCUCAAGUUCCUACAGUAUCCUACAAUUCUCCCCAAAUGCAUCUUUAUGGACAAACACAUUACUCAAGAGAUUAUGUUGACAAGUCUGCUGUUCUUAAGGUCAGUGUAAUUAAAACCAAUGACAUUAUCAUCACACAGUAAGCAAAUACAGGGAAGAAGUUCAAUUUUUUAAACCAAAGUUUGAAGUGCUUCUUAUGAACCAAAAAAAAUAAAAAAAAAAAACCAAACAAACAAAAUAAACUAAGCAUUUUAUCAAGAAAGUUGAAAAUAAUGCAAUUUAUAAAUAACUAUAAUUGAAGGAGCCCUGAAGAUUAUUACAGAACUUCCUAUAGAAAUAUCCCCUAUCUGGGAUGCAUUGGGAUGGGAUGACACAGACACCCAAGGGGCUUGAGAGUAAAUAGUGAAUGAUUUGUAUCUGAAAAUUGGGCAAGGUUGAUCUGAUCUUGAGUCUGACAAUUAUUGUAAUUUUUUAGGAAAGAUCUAAAAAUGACCAGUAUGCAGAAAUUCCAAGAUUGGAUGAGUAUUUAAAAACUGCAAAGCCACAUGGUAAGAGUUUGCCAAACAAUUUGUUUGACAAAAAGAAAUAGAGAAAUUCAGAGUUCAUAUACUGUUCAAUUUUCAUGAGAAAGUUGUUAAUGACAAAUGUUAUCCAAAUAAGAAAAAUCUUAGAAACAAGAAUAGUAGAUUGUUAGAAAAAACAAUAGUCAUAGACUAAGGAAAAAUAAGGCAACUAAUUGGGAGAAGAACAUUAAUUUUAGGAAGUCAAUUAUAAUUUUAGUAUAAUUUUAUAAUUAUUAUUUUAUAAUUUAAUCUUGUUUUUUUCCAAGUAACCCUCCAAAUGACUCACACUUCAUCUUAAUGGCAAAUACUUUCAUUUGGAAAGUUAAUUUCAAAUAAAUUUUUUUAUCAAAUCUUUUUUUCAUGAUUUACUGAUGACAAUUGACCACAAACUUUUGUACUCUCUCCUAAACAGAAAGGGAAAGUUUGAUGCAAAAAUUACAGAGCUUAGCAACAAAAGACAGGCGAGAGAAUCGUGACCCACAGUGGCUUUCACAAUGGACAGGUCCCGUGUGAAACCAUUUCACAAGGGAGAAGCCAUGCAUUGCUGAAAUCUGGAAAAUGUUUGUUAAUAUAUUCCAAUACAACAAUCGUUCACUCAUCUUUUAAAUCCACUGCAAUUGUUGAAAACAAUGAUAAAACUUCUUCAUUGUCAAAGUCACUUUGAAUGUAAAUAGUCACGUCUGCACUAUAUUUUUUUUCCUUACAGUCCAGGAAAAUUACUGACAAUCUGAAAACAAGGUGAUACAGUGAUAAACAAGAGACAACAAAGUUGUUGUUGCAGAAAGACUUUGCAGCUUUUUUAUCUAUCUUAAUCAGUUAAUUGGGAGAGUUCUUUCAUUAUGGCUGAUAAACCGAUCAUUAAUUUAACAAACUAAGAUGUAUAUCUGUAGAGAGUGAAAACUUUGUCAUAAAAAAUAAAGGGAAAAUAUUUAUUGAUUUUUCAUUAUUUAAAACAAGAGGAAAUCAUGAACUUUAUGAACAUUUCUCUAUGCCUAGCAGUGAACAUAGUGUAAUUGUAUUUGAUGUUCCAUAGUUUUAAGAGAUUCUUACUUACAUCACAAGACAACUAUGACUUCAUAAGUUAUGGUGUCACUCACCAAAAAAAGAAACCUUUGUCUUGAGUGCUUAAACAUACACUAAAUUAAGUUAAUUUUACAAUUUGAAAACAGCUCACGAACAUUAAUAGUGCUAUUAAUGUAGCAUGACUACAAAAUGGUGUCAACUGUUGAAGCAGUAAAGCAUACUUGUCAUUUAAUGUGAACUUCAAGUACAUUUACUUUGCAAAUUUCUUAGCAAAUUUCUUUCCCCUGUAUGCCAAAAAGGAAUGGUAUUGACAAAUGAUGAUGUUCCUAUAUAUUAUCGACUUAUCCUAUUUACCCCCAAUAUAUAACAUUGUGGUUGAUUGAAGGUCGGAUAAUGCCAUCCACAGGAUAAAUCUCUACCUGGUGGGUAAUGCUAUACAUUUUGCCAUCACUUACCAGUUGGAUAGAGAUUUAUUCAUUUAUUUAUUUUGUGUUGGAUAGCUUUAUUGGCCCUUCAUACAAUCGGGCCAAGUACUCUAGCACAUUAAUUUUAACAUCCUCAUUGUGCAGAAGCAUUACAUUUUGACAUUCCUGUCCCAGCAUUAGGCAGGAAGUUUGUCACUAUUGACCUGCUGAAACAGCCUAGCCUACCAUGAGUCUUGCGUAGCUCUAGUUGUAGAUUGUCCAUAGUACUAAUUGGCAGGUUGUGCUGUGGACUCCUAUUGGGAGCACUCACAGACCUUUUUCCCAAAAUCUCUAAGCUUAUGCUGUGCACAUGCUUAUUCUUCUGAACAUUGGUUACAAGCAAAGGCCUAUUCCUUACUUUCCAAGUUAGGGGAAUGUUGUUUGCCCUUAUACAAUGGAACCUUUUCCAUUAGACACCUCAGGUCAGAGUUCACCUUUACUAAUGGGAUACAAUCUGUUGUGGCUAUGAAAAGUUUUCAUUAACUUUCCCUGUUACCUUUGUUCAGGGUUCCACCAUGUUUAACUCUUUAACUUCCAG